AUGAGGAGGAGGAGGAUGUGGUGGUGUAGGAGGAGGAGGAGGUGGAGGUGGUGGCGGCGGUGGGGUCGUCGUCGCGGUCGGCGCUGGUGCUUGUUCUGUCGGGGGUCGUCGGCGGAGUCGGAGGAGGAGGAGGACGACGACGACGACGAGGACGAGUACUACGAGGACGACGAGGAGGCGGAGGCGGAGGAGGCGGCGGCGGUGGCGGCGGAGGCGGCGGUGGUGGCUGUUGUUGUGGCGGCGGCGGCAGCAGUGGUAGCAGCUGCUGUAGUUGUUGUUGUUGCUGUUGCUGCAGCAGCAGCAGCUGCUGCUGCUGCAGCCGUUGAUGAUGAUGGUGGUGGUGGUGGUGCUGAUGCUGCUGCUGCUGCUGCUGCUGCUGCUGAGGCGGCUGCUGCUGCUGAUGCUGAUUCUGCUGAGGCAGAGGAGGAGGAGGAGGAGGAGGAGGAGGAGGAGGAGGAGGAGGAGGAGGAGGAGGAGGAGGAGGAGGAGGAGGAGGAGGAGCCGUCGCUGGCAGAGGGACUGCGCUCGGCAUUGAGGGCUGAGGAGCAGCUUGACGUGGUGGACAUUGUGGAGACCCUCCAAUGCUGCUACUUCCCCAACCUUGCCUCAGUCGUGGGGAUCCUUCCUUGCCUCGAGAUGAUGGAGCACCUGACAUUCAACGAGGUGCAGACCGGUGACAUUCCCUCGCGAGUGCGGGCGCUGGUGCAGCUCUUUGGAAUGCACUGA